CUCCCAAAUUUCAAAAUCUCAAAAAUAUGAAUCAAGUUUUGUGAAUAAUUACACGCUUAACUCGAACUCUCAAUAAUUAUUACCAUGUUAGUGAGCCAUCGCUUAAUUUCAACUUUCUCGACAUUUUCGUCUCUUAAUUCAAUAAACUCAACUCCAAUUUUUGUAAUAAGGGAUUUGGCUGUAUAGCCUUUGUUUCGUUGGCCUGUCCGAUUGAAGAAUAGAACAAAAACCAAAUGUUUAUAUUUUAUUUUGUUUUGAACGCCUCGAAAUCACUCUCGAAUUAAAUACCUACGUAAUAGAAAAUAUAUUGGGAUUUAAAAAAAAUAAACAUUACACACAAUGAAACCUUCUAUAGACGUAGAUUCGUUGAGAACGGAGCACGAAUCUGAGGAACAGUGGGAAGUUAGACGUAGUUUCCUUUUAGAACACAAAGACGAUUUUCCAGAAGCUGAAUUAGUGACACUGGCGCAAAUCUAUACCAAUAUCGAAUUUUUAGGAUGCAGAUAUCCACCUCAAACAAUGAAACGCAUUUCGGUAUUGGCCGAGAAAGUGUCCGCCAAGUACAAGGAGAGCAGAAAGAAUAAGUUGAAACGAACUUUCGUGCAAGCCAGCGAUGCGGCCGAGCAAAAAGCUAAACGUACCUUCAAGAAAUAGUAUUAACUGUACAAAUACUUGUAACUAUACUUGAGACCUUAGAACUUAUUAUUAUCUCAAGGUGGGUGGCGCAUUUACAUCGUAGAUGUCUAUGGGCGCCAGUAACCACUUAACACAAAUAAAUGUUUGGGUCUA